AUUAGGCUACGGUGACGGAAAAUCGCGACGGUUGACAAAGGCUUACGUGGAUGAACUUAAGCGCUGGGUCCCGCCGCGAAAGGCUAAGCAAAAAUACUAAUUCAUUUGUGUUUUUAGGAUGGAGCGACCAGAGGACGAGAGAGAGACGGCGCCAACCGGCCCGCCACCGACCAACAUCACUGCCACGUCCGACGUUCGUCCAGGUAGCGAGAUCACCAGCAAGACUGCCAACGCCAGCAACGUCGUCGACGCCUCUGCAGGUUUCAGGGGCGGGGAUAACCAGCCUGAGGAUCGGCGCGACCACACCAAGGCUGCGCCUGCGCCAAUCCACAGCUGGUCUGAUGACGACGCCAGCGAGCAGCCAGCAGCGAGAUGAGAGCAACGAGGAGAGGUCAAGGACGGAGACGAUCACAAGCCUAAGCCAGGCGAUCUCGACAGGGGCAAUUCCCCGGCGUUUGGGCCUAAUCCGAGAGGAGGUCGAGAGAAAGAAGGAGAGUAGGAUUCGGAUACAGAGGCAGAAGCCAUCCGCCGAGUCACAAGAGAAAGAGAGCUCGGAGGCAGAGGAAAGCAGACGGGCGCAGAGGGAGUUGGAGUUGUACGUCGCCAACUCUCCUGUUGUUCCCGCUGCCGCCCCUACUCCGAAGGGCCAGACCAGAGUAAACUCGGGCGAGGGUCCACCGACGAAGAAGAGGAGGAAGAAUAAGAAGAAGAAGAGCAAAAAUCCUCCUCACCUCACGAAAGAGGAUUACGUCUUGGCAUAUCUAUCCAGCUCGGACGACGAUGAACCGGGUUCGACGAUCAGGGGUUUCUUCGGCGGUGUCUACUCUGGAACGGCCGAAAUAGAUUGGGACAAUUGGUCUCCGAUCCGUCAUCAGGAGAAAGAGGACCAGACACCGGAACCCAACGAAGACGAGAGGAGGAGAGGAGAGGAGCAACAAGGAGAGGAAGAGAGAAGGCGGCGAGAAGAAAUGGAGCAGAGAGAAAAAGAGGCCAGAGAACGAAAAGAAGAAGAGCGGCGAGCCCGAGAAGAGGAGCAGCGACUACGCGAGGCCCGCGACAACGAAAAGCGGCUCAGAGCUGAGCGAGCUGCUGCCGCGGCAGAGGAAAGAAAGAGAAAGAGCGAGAAGGAGAAGAAGGAGAGAGAGGAAGCUGAGCGUCGUCACCAAGAGGAGCAGCGAACACGAGACGAAGCUGCCUCCACGCCCGUCGACCAGGAGCAGAUGGAAACCGAUCUACCAGCAUCCGCUGCAACCCCGGAGAACGACAUGAGCCGGGAGGAGGCUGUAGCAGCGAGGAACGCACGAUGCAACGCAGCCAGAGCCGCCCGGAGAAGAGAACCGAGGCGUAUACAAAGAGAGUGACGAGAGAGGAGACCGACGCCUGCCUACCAGCCCGAGACCAACCAGUCCCUGUGGCGAGGACAGCGGCCAACGGCUCCGACGAGAGAGG